AUGAGUGACAAAGAAGAAGUCCCAACAAGUACAAAAGACGUAUCUCAAAAGGAGAAACCAGACGAUGAGCCGGAAGUGGUGAAAUUCUCCCCCGAGGAGGAAGCAGCUCUCCUCAAAGAAUCUCACGCCAUCAAGGCCGACGCCAACUCUCUCUUCGCCUCCAAAGACUACCACAAUGCCCUCUCCAGAUACGACGAUGCCAUUGCCUCAUGUCCCAACUACCUCCACUAUGAGCGUGCCGUCAUCCAGAGCAACAUUGCCGCAUGCCAUUUGAAAGUUGAGCAAUGGAAGGAAGCCAUAAAGGCCGCAUCAGACGCCAUCGACGGCUUAGCAAAGCUGGAAAGCGAGUCAAGUCCAAAUGACCCCAAAACCGACCCCGAAGAGGACAAACCAGAAAAUCAAGAUACCAAAGCCGCUGAAAAAGAAGACGACGAUGUGGAAGAAGAGAUUGUCAGCUCUGGCGCAGCUCGUUCCGCACCCGCUCCCGCCCCUGAACCAACACCAGAGCAAGUAGCCCAAGAGAAUCGCAAAGCAGACAUCCUCCGAAUCCGCACCAAAGCACUACUUCGGCGUGCGCGCGCCCGUUCAGAGGCUGGCGGCUGGUCGAACCUCGCUGGCGCGGAAGAGGACUACCGCGCGCUCUCGCAAAUGCCUGGCUUGACACCGGCUGAUCAGCGCACCGUUCGUACACAGCUCAAGGCCUUGCCGCCGCGAACGAAGGCCGCUCAGGAGGCUGAGAUGUCGGAGAUGUGGGGGAAGUUGAAGAGUCUUGGCGAUGGUAUCCUUAAGCCUUUUGGGUUGAGCACUAAUAAUUUCCAGAUGGUCAAGGAUGAAAAGACUGGAGGGUAUAGCAUGAAUUUCUCACAGGGCGGCUCAUCGUCAUGA